AGGUUUGUUUUCGUGUAGUUUAUUGUUUAUAACUGUACUUUUCUUUCUAAAAAUGUUUAAAUUUCUUGUAAUAUAUCUGUGGCUGUGUGAUUCACAUCAAGUUUGGAACGCUCCUAUUAUAAAGGCAUCAGGUGUUAAAUGGACGGAACCAAAAGGUAAUGGAAAAGGAAAUCUCACAAUAAUAAUGAUACCACAAAACAACUCUUGUAACGACACGGACAUGUUGAUAGCUGUAAAAUCUGACUAUCAGAUACUAUCCCAGGAUACUCAACUGUUGAACUUGGUUAUUAACGAAUGUCAAAAUAAUACACUAAAUGAGUCAAAGAGCGAUGAAAAUCAUGGAAAUGGAGCAAUUUCCAAAAACUUGAAUGAAAAAUGGAAUCACCAUGAGUUACACAGUGAAAAUAGUUCUUGGGUAAACUUUACGGAUUAUAAUGUACAACAUAAACAAGCAACCUCCCCAAAUCUGACAGCAAAUAAGGAUGGAAUAUCAAUAAAAUAUACAGAAUGUAUUGAUCGAAGUAUGUCAUUAAAAACCACCCCAUUCACUCGCAGUGAUCAAAAAGAUGUUUUCGGGCUAGAUUCUGUAAACCAUACUACUAAGGCAUAUCAAAACCAAAACACAUCUAUGUCAGGGCUAAGUAAAAGCUAUAUACCGAACACUAUGGAAGAAUGCCCAAAUCAGAACUACUCUAAAAAUGAACUCUUUCUUAAGGACCCGAAACAUUACACUGAAUUGAGGUUACUGAAAGAUUCCUUAAACCUUAUACAACUCCAAAAUUCUCAGUCAGAUCAAAUCAACAGUCCCGCAAAAGAUAAUAUGAACCUUAAAGCUGACACCCAAACCCAUGGAAAUUUAUUGAGAUAUCGGAGCUCUGCUAAUGAAGAGGAACAACAUGCAGAACUUAUUGGCAAGGGUGCAAACCAUGCUAACUUUUAUGAACCAGAUAAAAAGCAUUUUAAGCAAGCAAAUAAACAGAGCAAUACAAACCCAAGUGAAAUAAAUGACGUUUUUAAAUUUUUAAGAGCUGUUAAUGGUGAACCUACAACUAAUUCAAUUCGUGAAAGUAUUCCAGCAGUUCUCAAAGUCUUGGGAGUCUCUGAAGCAACCCCUGUAGAAGUGCCAAAGGAGAUUGGGUCAGGUAUAACGGGUAAUAAUAGUGUUUCAACUAAUCAUUUUACAGUCAGCAAUAAAAAUGCUGCAUCAAACAUUUUUUACAAGAGCGAAUCUAAAGUAUUUCCAUUUUCAAAUAACAAAACAGAACCAAUUGAUAGAAUGACAAUUCAUCAGUCGGGAGAAGUUUCUAACAAUACAAACACAAAUAUGAAAUCUUUUGACAAUCGUUUUAAUGAAGUGGUUGAUAUGAUUAAUAAAAUAAAACAAGAACACUUAAAAGAGGAGAGCAACUCAAGAUCCGAUCUUUUGUCUAAUAACCAAGCAGAACUGGUUGCUUCAGAAGAGGGAGAAUUUGACAGCAAAGGAAAAGUACAAAAGGAGGAUUUUCCUGGUCUUUCCUCCGAUGAAGCUGUUUUAAAAAAGCAACUAAUACAUUUCUUGAAUUCAAAUUUGAAUGACGAAACACAAUCAGAUGGAAGUGGAAAUUUAGGAAAUGAGCAUGCAAUUACAACACUACUAAUCGAUAGGAAGAUAAAUACAGAUGAUUGUGUUACUAACAGCCAAAACACGUCAUUUGACUCACUAAGUGGCAAAGAAAUUAAAGGAAAUGUUUCGUACAGUAAAACGGACGACACUGUUUCAAUUAAAAGUAAAGAACCAACAAAAAAUACUACUCCUUUAAAUGAUGCUGAAAAUACAGACCCCUAUGUUUUGAAUACAAACGGAACAGUACCUCAGACCACUCUUGGUACUUAUAACACUGGUUUUACAAUGAAUGUUUCUGCAGAUGUUAUUAAAAAUAUAGUAACUACUGGAAAUGAAUCCCAAAUUACAACUAUUUCACCAAUGUCUAAAGAGAUGCUGUCAGCUUCACCUAUAUGUAAAACUUCAAUUAUUUAUAUAUGUGAUCCACAAAAUGUUACAGAAACUACAGAACCUUUACAAGAAAAAGUGGAAGAAACAGUACCUACAAAUGUAGGUAAUGAAACUAGUAUAACACAAGCUGUGAUGCAGGAAUCGUUGAUGAAAAUUACCCUGACACCAAAGAUUGACUGUGUGUCGUAUUUAAAAUCAAAACAGUUAUCAAUCUUAACCACCAAAGAUCCAAAUACACUGUCGGACCAGGAGGAAGGGGGAACAGAAACAGCUGUUCUCCCUCUCUUAGAAUCCGCAAUGUUCUUGACAAAUAAUAGAGAAAUACCAAAUGGCAAGAAUAUCCCGAUCUUCGUUAACUCUUCUUCAAAUGACCAUCAAAAUGAUGAAUUGUUGACAAGACAUGAUGAAAAAUUAGCCAAAUUCCAUGCUUCAGAUGUAUUGCUAAAAAAAGAUCUGUUUGGAGACAUGCCACCGAAGAUUUACCAAGUAAAUGAUAAAAUAAGAAAUAAAAUUCCUAUGAUAAGCUUGAAACCGCUGAAUAAUGAGCAGGGGGUUUAUUCUGCCCAGGUGCGAGUAGCUGGAAGUAAUUUGAUUGUCAACCAAAUGCCUUCUUAUAGAUCGGAAAAGUUUAAGAAAGUCUGUGAAUCUACAUCAAGUAAUAAUACUCAAAAUGAGGAGUUAGAUGCUGAUGGUGAUGAAUAUCAGGAGUUUCCAGGAAAUCAGUCUACCACAAAGCCUAAAGCUGUCAUGCAUGUGACGAGUACAUCAAACGAAAGUGAUGGUAGAAGUCACAGCAGCAGCUCACAUUUAUUAGUGGAUCAAACAAUUACACCUCAGCCUGAUAUUGUAAGCAAAGUUAAAGAUAAAAAUUACACCAAGAAGAGCUCUUUACUCACCAGCACAACUGCUCCAAAACAAUCUGAAGUUGUACUGAAAGAAAUGGAAACUGUAUUGAAAAGCUCUAUUAAUCAUCAUACUGCUUCCAAACCAUACACUACACCAUCAACAAAAAGACCUGGUAGCUAUGGAUUUGGAGAUGAUUUAGUUCUAAACAGUUCACCUAUUACAAAAUUUAAAAAUGAGGGGGUUAAGCCCUCAACUAUAUCCCACCUAAAAACCAAUUUAACAACCAGGAAACCUCUGCCCAGUAGUAACUCCUUGACAACAUUUAUGAGCAAAGAAGAAAAGUCAACAAUGCCUCAAAAUGAAAAUGACUUUUCAAACAAAGAUUCUUGCAUUACUCUUUGGAACGGCGGAGUUGAGGAUGGAUCUGCCCAAACCACAAAAUGGAUAACAAGAAAGCCAAAUAUGAAAGAAUUUCUCAAUGAUGACGAGAUACAAAUUAACCGAGUAGCACCAGUAAUAAACUAUGUUUAUGGACCCUCAAGUUCUUUCUUAAAUAAUGAUUUAAUUAGGAAAGAUGAAACUAAAACAUCUUCAGAGAGAAAAAUGAAGGAUUCUGAAAAUGUAAACCCAACACUUGAUGAUCGCUAUAAGUCUAUGAUCAAGGAACAUUCUUCAGAAAUCAAUGAACAGGAAAACCUGAGCGGAUUUCAUAAACACAUUAUGAAGAUAGAAAAAUGUAAUGAGAAUCAUACUCCAUCAGGGCAGAGGGAAAUCGUCAUACAGAUUUUGAGAAACACAAAAAACCCCAGUAGGUACAAUGCAAAAGAGAAUGAUGUAUUAUUAGAUGAUUCUGAAAUUCCUACCACUGCUCCUGUUUUGAAAAUUAAAAAUCCUUUUUCAAGAACAUAUUCAAAAGGACUGAUUAAACCGGGGGGAUAUGAAAUAGAAGUCCCUGGUGCAGAAAAUAUUAACAAACUAGAUUUGAACCAGCGACAUUCAGAACACACAGAAGAGGAAACUAAUAAAGAAGGCAACUCCGAUAAAUGCUGUAAAAAAUCUCAAUCCAGCAGAGAAAGUAAUGUAGGUAGUAUGAACUUUGAAAUAGAAAGUAAUGAAAAUGCUGUUCAAGAAAUACCAAAGAAUAGUGAGGUACAAAUGAGCAUCUUGAAACAAAGACAAAAAGUUUAUAAACCUCCUUAUUUUAAUGAUUUAAAAUUGGUUAUAGACCCUAAUAAUGCAAUAAAUAUUACCUAAUAAAUAUA